CACUGUUACUGUGUUGAUAAAUAUUGAAAUAUUUAUAUUUAAUUUAAUCUGUGUCUAUAAUAACCAGAUCCUGAAAUGUAGAUGUGACAUAAGGGUUUUCUGAAUAAUGAGCACUAACGUUUACAUUUAACUGAUUUUGAUGAAUCGUUUUAUAUUCACAUUGGUGAACAUCAAAUGUGGAUGUAAAUCACACUUUUACUAUUUUAUUUUUACUAUGUUCUAUUGUAUUUGAAUUCCAAUGAUUUAAUGUAAUUAUGCAAUUCUAAUGACUCUGCACUGCAUUCUUCUUCUGCCUCUGUAAAGCACAUUGAGUAGCUUUGCGUAUGAAUGAUUUAAUAUCAACAAAAACGGCCUUGUCUGAGAAUGUGUCCAUUUACAGAAUAGGAAAAAAAAAACACUACAGGCGCGCGACAUCAAAGGAUCGUGUCGCGUGACGUAAUUUUUCUAUCAUGUGGAGACAAGAGGAAAACACUGAGCCACGCUGAACUCGACGCAGCGGACUGUAAAAAUGCUGAGGUUUUAAUCACACAAUGACUUUGGAUUAUUAUGAGACGCUGGAACUCAACAGAGACGCAACAGACGCAGAUAUUAAAAAAGCAUAUCGACGUCUUGCGUUGAAAUUUCAUCCGAGCAGCAACAGAAAACCUGGAAGCAGCGAGAAGUUCACUCAGCUGAGUGAAGCCUACGAUGUUCUCAGCGACCCUAAGAAAAAGGCCAUUUAUGACAAGUUUGGUGAGGAGGGUCUAAAAGGUGGUAUACCACCUGAGUUUGGCAACGAUGGAGCUUGGUCAUGUAAAUAUACCUACCAUGGGCGACCAGACAAAACAUUCAGGCAAUUUUUCGGAGGUGACAACCCAUUUGCAGACUUCCACACUAAUGAAGCACCACUUAGGUUUGGUGGGCUCCAGCAUGUUGUGGUGAAGACACAAGACCCUCCAGUGGAGAGAGACCUUCAUUUGUCCUUGGAGGAGCUCUUUCAUGGAUGCACAAAACAGAUCAAGAUAUGUCGCAGGGAAUUGACUGAGGAUACACAAUCGUCUAUUAUCAGACAGAAAAUUCAAUCUAUUGAUAUAAAUCCUGGAUUGAAAGAAGGCACAAGAAUUAUUUUCUUCAAAGAGGGAGAUCAGGGACCAAACAACAUCCCUGCAGAUAUUGUGUUCAUAGUGCGACAGAAAAAUCAUCCGCAGUUUAAAAGACAGGACAAUGACCUGAUCUACAAGGCCCACGUUUCUCUGGAGAUGGCCCUGACUGGAUUCUCUGUGGAUGUGGAGACACUAGAUGGCAGACUACUCACCAUCCCCAUCAAUGACAUUGUCCACCCAAUGUCCAGAAAACUGGUGAGUGGUGAGGGAAUGCCGCUGUCCCAGGAUCCUUCACAGAAAGGAAACCUCAUCAUUACUUUUCACAUCCACUUCCCUGAGAGACUUUCCCCCGAGCAGAGGUAUCUGAUCAAAAAAGCUCUGAAAUAGCGUACAUUACGCAACUUGCUACGUUGAGGCCUAGAAAUGGGAUAAUGGAGAGAAAAAGAGGAAUAAUCCAGACAGAAGAGGAAUCCAGAAGGAGGCAGAAAUGCAACAUAACUGACGCCAAUCAGAGAGAGACGGCCUGUGUAGCAGAAACAAAGGGACAAGGAAGUGAUGCACUGUUGAUGUUAUGUUGUUUAGCCAGCAUGUUGUCACAUUUUGAAUGACAGUGUGGCAAAUGAAUGAAGAGCAUUGUUGAAAGAGAAGAAAUAAAAGAAAGGAUGAAUCUGA